UGCAACUUUCAUCUUCGACCAGCAGUGCGCAGUGCGCCUGUAUCACGACCUCCAUCACGUCCUCAUUUUACGACCCAACUGAACCGAUCAAUGGCACACCAUCCUAAAGCUGUUCCUCUCGUCGCUCCCGGUCAUACACGUCCAGUCACCCAUCUCUCAUUCUCUUCUCUGCAAGACGACGGGACAUAUGUGCUGAUAUCCAGCUGCAAGGAUGGAAACCCCAUGUUACGAGAGUGGACAGGAGAUUGGAUCGGCACAUUCUUUGGCCACAAGGGCGCCGUGUGGAGCAGCAAACUAUCUCCGGACACCUCUCGUGCGGCAUCUGGAAGCGCAGACUUUACGGCAAAGAUAUGGGAUACGUACUCUGGCGAACCGCUACAUUCUUUCCCGCACAAUCACAUUGUCCGAAGUGUCGCAAUUUCUCCGAGUACCUCGCAUCUGCUCACUGGCGGGCAAGAGAAGAAAGUGAGAAUGUUCGAUCUUGGCCGGCCGGAUGCGGAACCGGAUAUCUUCAGUGACAAUGGCAGCAACAUAUCUCACGAUGGUACGGUCAAGAGCGUCGUAUGGGUAGGCGACCAUACAGGCGUCACAGCGGGGGAAGAUGGCCUUCUCAAAUGGUGGGAUCUCCGAACGCGCAAGCUGACAACUAGUCUCUCGUUCCCGGGACCCAUCACAUCGAUGGAACUAUCCCCGCAGACUAAUCGCCUGGUAGUGACAUCCGGAAAGACCGUGUCCUUCAUUCCCGCUCUCCUGAACGGCGGUCAGACGCACAGUCUGACAUUACCGUAUGCUCCAUCAUCUGCGUCCAUCCACCCGAUCCUUCAAGACAGAUUCGUCACGGGCAGUCUUGGUGAUGAAUGGGUGCGAAUACAUGACGUGACGGGAGAAGAACGAGAAGUACUCAAGGGCCAUCAUGGGCCCGUCCACUGCGUGGAGUUCAGUCCCGACGGAGAGAUGUUCGCGAGCGGAAGCGAGGAUGGCACUAUCCGACUGUGGCAAACAACCCCCGGGAAGAGCUACGGUCUUUGGCAGGGUACUCAAGCCAACGGCGGUCCGUAACCACAUAACCUACGAAAAGCGUAAUGUGAUACUUAGUAAUAUACAUGACCUCCCUACGUCGCCGGUAGUUUUCAGAUAGAGGGCUAUCUCACGAUUUCUCGCAAUCACAUCCUAGCAUCACAUUGGUCUCCAUGUUGCAUGUUGUCGUCGAGCUGACUUCUAUCAUCAUGAUGUAAAUCCUCGCACAUGUUUGUAAACUGUCGACAAGACUACAAGUGCAGCAAUACAAUCGGGCGUGGUCGCAGAUCACGCCUUGAGUGGGCCCAGUGCAUACUCCGCCGCUGCUCUUAUGGUACAUCCAUUACAAUCAAUUCUAUGGCUGCCUUCUUUUGAUACAAGCAAGCAUGUACAAAUCUACUUGCUCGUUCCA